AUGUGUCACCAAGAAGGAGGUUGGUCGUCCUCUCUGUCCAGGUCCCUUCGCCUGUGUCGGGACGGGCAGCCUUCCGCAGCGCAUCGGGAUGCCCCCUGCUUUGUGGACGACUUGGUGGCAGCUCUCCAUGACGCCACGGGGAAAGAUGGUGAACUUCUAGCCAGCAGCCCGGCUUCGUUUGGGAUCUGCAGUGAAUCCGACAGUUCAUCCCGAUUGGUCCUGUCAGAACUCAGCGUAGGAAUACGAAGGAACGACCGAAGAGGCGUGGAGGUUUUGGAUCCGGCUGCAGUGUUUGUGUCAGACGAAGAUGAUCAGGAGAGCAUCAUGGUAACCUUUGACCUCCCGCAAUCCCAAUUAUUGAAGCUGAAACCGGUGCUGGUCUUAGCAUUUAAAAGCCCCCUUACAGAUGGAGAGCUGGACAUCAUUUUCUCUAGUCAGUCUCUGCAGCCAAACACACAGUCGAGUUCUCAUUGUCUUCUCUGUCUCAGACAUGCAAACAGGUCGGGUUCAUCGACGGCCUCCUCCCAGACAGCUUCCCUCUCCUUCCUGUGUGAGCUGCGACGCUUCCUUGAUGCCAGCCUGCCGCAGCAACACGCCGAGCCCCUUCUGCUACGGCUCGACUCCCUGCAGUCCCUUCCUCCCCUGGCUCUUGGCCUUUCCACCAGCGAGACCCUGCUGGCGGAGAUCAUUAACUCCUCUGCCCCGACUAUCUUUUCCUUCAGCAGCUGGAGCUCCAGCUUCCCGGUCCGUCCUGGACAGCUGGCCCUCUCCCCUGCUCUGCUGGGGGAACUGGGGCAGAGGCUGGAAAUGAAUGAGCGGCAGAUGAGGGAGUUGGUAAGGCAGGGAAUGGUGCCUCAAAGAGCAUCGGAGAAGCUGGAGAGGCUGAGGCAGCUCAGUGCUUUUCAGAAGCAAGAUUCGUCAGCAGAAGGAGAGACCCAGUACUGUGCUUUCCUCCUCCUGAAGGCCCUGCAGAUGUUGACCCGUGCGUACAGCAUACAGAGAAAGCUGAGGGCCGCCAGAGCAGGCCCUUCAACCAGGGGCCCCACCUGUGGGCUCGGGAGCCUCACUGUGUUCCUGACAGAUCUCGUGUCGGGACUCUUGGGUCCCCAGAGUACCGACCUCAACAACUGCCGCGGCUCGUGCGCGAUUCCGCUAAACAACAUCAACAACCACGCCGUCCUGCUCACCUACCACAUCGAGAGGGGCAACGUGAACGAGCGGGGGCCCUGCUGCGUGCCGCUGGCCUACGACCCCCUGGAGGUGAUAGUCUUGAACGACGAGGGCAGCUUUCUCACGAGCAAGCCGGAUAUGGUGGCCAAGGAGUGCGGAUGUCGCUAAAAGUGUUUCGGAAUACCUGAGCUAUGUUGUUCAGAGGGAAAUA